AUGGCUAAAAAAAUAACAAUUGUAAAACCUCCAGAUCACAAGAUUUUUGCAUCAAAUAGCAAUAAAAUGCCUUCAAUGUCAAGUAAGUUCAGAGAUAUUACUUUAGAAAUUAAAUUUAAUUUAAAAAUAUAA